UCAUUGCUAUGCAACCUGCCCCUCUCCCAUUGGCCGCCGGCUCAGCCAAUGAGGGCGGCCCCGAGACCUGGGGCGGCAGCACCACAGUCCACGUGCGGCCUGUGUAAGUGGUGCUGACAUCAGCCUGGCGUUACACAACGCGGGGGCCAGCGUCGCACCCGCCGCCUGCUCGCCUCACUGCACCCGUCGCUCCCUUGGCGCAAGGACGCUCGGGCCCCGACUCCGCCACCCCCGCGCUCGUCUGAGCCCCCCGGCCCCUGCCGCGGCCCCCGAGCCAGAGGCCAUCCACCGCUGAGGCCCCCGGACCUGGGGACACCGUGCCUGCCUUGUGGACCCUGCUCCGGUGCCCUGUAACAGGGCACCGUGCUGGUGCUACGUGUCCGGGACCCCUGAGGAGGCAGCCCCGCGCUCAGGGCCCCCGAGGACACCCACUCCCUCCACACCUGGGACCCCCAAAGAAUCAGCUCCAUUCCCAUGUGACCAGGACCCCCGAGGACGCAGCUCCAUCCCUGUGUGACGGGACCCCCCAGGACACACCCCCUCACAGCCGGGACCCCCGAAGAAUCGGCUCCAUCCCUGUGUGACGGGAUCCCUGAGGAAACCCCCGCACCUGGGACUGCUGAGGACUCAGCUCCGGCCUCGUGUGACAGGCCCCUGGGGACACCUGCAUCCCGGACCCCCACCUCCAUCUCUGUGUGACCGGACCCCUGGGGACACAGCCCCACACCUGGGACCUCUGAGGACACCCCCCUGCCCCCAGGACACCAAGGACCAUCCCCGUGUGACGGGACCCCUGAGGACAUCCCGCCCACCUGGGACCCCCGAAGAAUCAUCUCCAUCCCCGUGCACUCAGGCCCCCCCCGCGGACACUGCUCCAGCCCUGUGACCCCCGGAGAGGCAGCGCCAACCUCUGGGCCAGCCCCGAGAGCACCCCGUGCCCCAGACUCUUGGCUUGCCUGCACCCACCCAGAGGUGACACCGCCCGCAUCUCGCCCCCUGCUUUCUCCCUGUGCCGGUGGGGUGGCAAUGCCCCGGGGCGCCUGUCAAACAUGAGCAGCAACUGCGAGCCAGGCCAGGGCCCCUUUGAGGGCAGAGGUGUGGCAGCGGUGGGGCCGGGGACCGGGCGGCCCCGGGGCCAGGCCAACGAUGACAUGGACGCCAACAGCAAUGGGUCCAGCGGCAACGAGUCGCAUGGCGACAGCUCCCUGCGCAGCGACCACAGCAGCAGCGGCAACGGCAAGGAUUCGGCCCUGAUUGAGACCACUGAGAGCAACAAGAGCACCAACUCGCACAGCCCGUCGCCACCCAGCAGCUCCAUCGCCUACAGCCUGCUCAGCACCAGCUCCGAGCAGGACAACCCCUCCACCAGCGGCUGCAGCAGCGAGCAGUCGGCACGUGUGAAGACACAGAAAGAGCUGAUGAAGGCGCUGAAGGAGAUGAAGAUCCGGCUGCCCUCGGAGAAGCGCAGCAAGGGCAAGUCGGGCACAUUGGCCACGCUGCAGUAUGCCCUCUCCUGUGUCAAGCAGGUCCAAGCCAGCCAGGACUACUACCAGCAGUGGGCAAUGGACGGCAGCCAGCCUUGCACCCUGGACAUGUCCAGCUACACCAUGGAGGAGCUGGAGAACAUCACCUCUGAGUAUACCCUCAAAAACCCAGACACCUUCUCGGUGGCUGUGUCGUUCGUGACAGGGCGGAUCGUUUACAUCUCGGAGCAGGCGAGCACCAUCCUGCGCUGCAAGCACGACAUCUUCCAGGGGGCCACGUUUGCCGAGUUCCUGGCGCCACAGGAUGUCAGCAUCUUCUACGGCUCCACUGCCCCCUACCACCUGCCCUCCUGGAGUGCCUGCACCUCUGCCAGUGCAGCCGCCAUGGACUACACCCAGGAGAAGUCGGUCUUCUGCCGGAUCAGCGGAGGCCACGAGCGAGGCCGGGAGCUGCGCUACUACCCCUUCCGCCUGACACCCUACCUGGCCAAGGUGCGCGAGGCUGACGGAGCCGAGGGCCAGCCCUGUUGCCUGCUCAUUGCUGAGCGCAUCCACUCCGGCUAUGAAGCCCCCCGCAUCCCCCCCGACAAGCGGAUAUUCACCACCAGGCACACUCCGAGCUGCCUUUUCCAGGAUGUGGAUGAGAGGGCUGCCCCUCUGCUGGGCUACCUGCCCCAGGACCUGAUCGGGAUGCCCGUGCUCUGGUACCUGCACCCUGAGGACCGGCCCCUCAUGCUGGCCAUCCAUAAGAAAAUUGUGCAGUACGGUGGACAGCCCUUCGACCACUCCCCACUGCGCUUCCACACACGCCACGGCGAGUACGUCACCAUUGACACCUCCUGGUCCAGCUUUGUCAACCCCUGGAGCCGCAAGGUCUCCUUCAUCAUGGGCCGCCACAAAGUCCGCACGGGCCCUCUGAACGAGGAUGUCUUCAUGGCCCCCAAGACCCAGAAGCUGCGGCCACUGGAGCCUGACAUCCAGGAGCUGUCAGAGCAGAUCCAUCGCCUGCUGCUCCAGCCCGUGCACAGCACUGGCUCCCUGGGCCUCUGCAGCCUGGGCAGCAAUGGGUCCCACGAGCAGUUCCUGAGCGUUGCCUCGUCCAGCGACAGCAACGGGCUCCCAGCCGAUGAGGCCCAGGCCCUGCAGCCGAUGACCUUCCAGCAGAUCUGCAAGGACGUGCACAUGGUAAAGAACAAGGGCCAGCAGGUUUUCAUUGAGUCACGGACCAAGCCGCAGGCCGCCAAGGCCCCCUGCGCCGGUGAGUGCCUGGGGAUGCCACAGCAACGCAAGGGCAGCAGACCCAGACACCAUGGCCCCAGCUCUGAACCCUGCCCCCUGCCCUGUGCCGCAGGCCUGGACGUGGCCCUGGAGCGUGGGGUCCUGGGCCGGGAAGCGCUGCGGGAACCUGAGCGGAGCCCGGCAUGUGCCCCCACCUCCGAGGGCUCGGUGCGGAAGGAGCCGUCCAACUAUUCCUACCAACAGAUCAACUGCCUGGACGGCAUCAUCAGGUACCUAGAGAGCUGCAACCUGCCGAGCCGCGUGAAGCGCAAGUGUGGCUCCUCGUCCUAUACGACCUCCUCCACCUCCGAUGACGACAAGCAGAAGGCAGUCGCCAAAGAGGCGCCUAGCAAAGAUGCGGCAGAGGAGGCGGUGGGCGGCCAGGCCAAGCGCGAGGAGGAUCCCGGGCCGGCGGCGGCUGUGGUGGGGCCCCCGCUGGCCCCGCUGGCGCUGCCCCCCAGCAAGGCGGAGAGCGUGGUUUCCAUCACCAGCCAGUGCAGCUUCAGCAGCACCAUCGUCCACGUGGGAGACAAGAAGCCCCCGGAGUCGGACAUUGUGAUGAUGGAGGAGGCACUGAGUGUGAUGCCGCCAGCCCCCCUGAUGCCCAGCGCAGCACCUGCCACGGACCGUGAGCAGUACCGGCCUGUGGGGCUCACCAAGGAGGUGCUGUCUGUGCACACACAGAAGGAGGAGCAGGCCUUCCUCACCCGCUUCCACAGCCUCAGCCAACUCCGUGUCUUCGACACCCCGUCAGGGCCGGGCCGGCCCAAGAUACCUGGUGCCCAUGCAGGUUCCCAAGGCCCUCGGCAGCCCCCCCGUGGACCAGGCCGGCGUGGGCGCAGUGGCAAGUCUAAGGCCAAGCGCGCAAAGCAGAACCGGUUGUCAGACAGUACCAGCUCGCCGCUGACUACCGCCACCACACCUGCCCCAGGCGCUCCCCCCGCACCUCCCUCCUGGCCACCCUCAGCCGCCUUGCAGGCCAGCCUGCCCCCCCUGCCCUUCCCCAUGGUGCCCACCUACCCAAUGCCCGUCUUCCCCACACGGCCCCCCGUGCCCGAGGUGCCUGCUGCUGCCACUGCACCGCGCUACCCACUGCCUGCACCGCCUUUCCCCACGCCUCUGGUGGCACCCAUGCUGGCACUGGUGCUGCCCAACUAUGUGUUCCCACCUGGCUCCAGCGCCCUGCCCCCUGCCUACUUCCCUGGUGCUGCAGCCUACAGCCCUGCCGGCGCCCCUGGCUUCGGUUUUGGGGGCCUGGCAGCAGCAGCAACCCCGGUGGCAUCCCCGGGUGGGCCACCAGCAGCAGAGGCGUCGCGCUCCACCACGCCACACUCGCUGAGCCAGGCCGAGCGGGCGGAAGCCGAGUCGCCGCUGUUCAACUCGCGCUGUAGCUCCCCACUGCAGCUCAACCUGCUGCAGAUGGAGGAGGCACCCAAGGCCUGCGAGCGCCCUGACCCACCUGGUACCACUCCGGGACCUGGCACGCCUGCCACCGCCCCCCCUGGUACCCCCUUGCCCAGAGAGCAUGGUGACCCCAAGGAGGCUUGCAUGGCCGAGGCCCAGGACUCGUCCAACAACGAUGCACUGUCAAGCUCCAGUGACUUGCUGGACCUGCUGCUGCAGGAGGACUCUCGCUCAGGCACUGGCUCAGCUGCCUCCGGCUCCGGUUCCUCAGGCUCCGGCUCCAAUGGCUGCAGCAUGUCAGCCAGUGGCACUUCCGCCAGCGGCACUACCAGCAGCAAGAGCAGCCACACCAGCAAGUAUUUUGGCAGUGUGGACUCCUCGGAGACCGACUUGGCCAAGCAGCCGCCGGGAGCGGGGGCUGGGGCCAAUGAGCACCUCAUGAAGUACGUGCUGCAAGACCCCAUCUGGCUGCUUAUGGCCAACACGGAUGACAAAGUCAUGAUGACCUACCAGCUGCCUGGCCGGGACCUGGAGGCCGUGCUGCAGCAGGACCGGGAGAAGCUGAAGCAGAUGCAGAAGCAGCAGCCACGCUUCACAGAGGAGCAGCGCAAGGAGCUGGCUGAGGUGCACACCUGGGUGGCCAAGGGGCUGCUGCCGCGCGCCAUCAAUGUCUCGGCCUGCAUUGACUGUGGCAGCAGUGCGCCUGCCAAGGACCCACCACCAUACGAUGCCGAGAUCCAUGACCUGGAGCUGAGUGGGCUGCUGGAGCCCAUGGACGAGGGCGCUGCGCCCCCUGACGCUGCCAUGGAGGAGGAGGAGGCGGGCACUGGUGCUGGCCCCCCUGCCAUGGCCUCCACGAACGCUGGGUGAGUCCACAUGGGCCAUGGACAUGCUACGUUGACACACGCAUGGGUGCCAGGUGAGCCCACAUGGGCAACGGACAUGCUACAUGGACACAUGCACGGGUGCCGGGUGAGCCUGCGUGGGCCAUGGACAUGCUAAAUGGACAUGCACAUGAGCAUUGGGUGAGCCCACGGACAUGCCCACAGGCACCAGUCCUCCCCUGUGGCCUCCAUGAAUGCUGGUGAGCCUGCGCCACCCACGGAUAUGAUGCACGGACACGCACACAGGUGCUGGGUGAGCCCACAUGGACCACAGGUGCACUACGGAAGCACUGGACCACGGAUGUGCCCAUGGGUGCCAACCCCUCGGUGGCCGGCCGAAUCCCCAGAGACUACAGUCAUGUGCAUGGGCACGGGCCAUUCGUGCCCGGACAGGUGGAGCACGGGCACAUGGACUCAGCCGUGUCCCCUCGGUAUUUAUUUUGGAUGCUGUUUUGUACAAAGCUGCAGCCCGGCCUGGAGACAGGCAAUAAAGUUUCGCUGCCCUGGGCCGGCACUGCCAA